UUGGUUAUAUUCCAUGCUCAUUGAAUUUCAAUCGCAUAAUUCAGAUGAUGAUGAACGCGACUCUAAUACCACUAUAUUCAAAUUCAUUCUUCUUAUGGCUGUCAUUGGCAAUGAGAGUACUGUUCUUCCUAAAACAGCUUACUUCCAAUGCGUCAGAUUAAAAAUAUAUGUCAAGCACUCUCAGAGUUUUCCAAUAAAGCAACGAGUUGAACACCAAUGUAUUCAAUUGGCAUCAAUUUCGUUAGUACUACUUGGCGAAACCCUACGCAAAACAUCCCAGUGAUUCUUCAGUACUUUGAUAUCCGCAUCUAUGCCUCAAAUAAUGGGAGUAGCUGUUCUAUCUGGCCAUUGUCAUUUUCCCAAUCUCCGUUUUCCUAAAACUGGGAAAAUUGUAAAAACGAGAAUAUUUCAUUUUAUCUGUGCAUUGUAAAAAGCAAAUGUGAAUCUUGAAAUAUAUGUGCAAGAAGAAGUGAAAGAGUUUCAACUUUCAUUGUUAUAUUAGUUAUUUUUUGUGUAAAAAGAGAACCAAGACCUUCCUCAACUUUUCCAACUGUGUAACGGCACAACUAUUCAUAUCCUUCGGUUAGUUUUCCAUUGUAGCCCUCUCUUCUGUAUAUUUUCCAGUUCUAGGAUUGGGUGCACUAUUUCUUCUUCUUUAAGGUUAGAUUGCAAGAAGACCCUUCCUUGAAUCAACUUGCAAGGAAGGAACACUAACAGUUAUUACACCACAAGUUAACUGUUCAUCUCCAGUUGAAGCUGGGCACGACCGUUUACACGUUCAAACAAUUUUCAGAUGGUUUCCGAGGCCAACAAAAAAAUAUCGACUCCCUUUUUGUUUAAGAUUUUUCCUGAAUCGUCAAAAGUAUUUCAGGUCGUUGGUAUGUUUUCUAGUAAAACUAAACUGCAUCUAGUUACGGUUUCCUCAUUUAAAAAUACACUAUAGAGAACACCACAACAAUAAAAUGAUACUUGAGCUA